UCUUUUAGAUUUUUAAAGUAUUUAAAAAUAUUUUCAACAAUGCAAGAUAUUCUAAAUGAAAAAUUUUGCGAUUUUAAUGCUGCAGAAAAGGCUGUGAUGCAUUACUGCAAUACCCAUUUUCAUCCAAUUAGAGUUGAUUACAAGGAAAAUUUUGAAAGUUACAAUAAGAAAGUGAAGCAAGAAUCACAAAUUAAAAAUCAACCUUUAGAUUCAAUAUAUGCAUGCAGGUUUAAAUUUACAUUUAUAUGGACAUGCAAACAUUUUGGCCACCAAAAACCUUAUCUUAUGAAGAAAAAUCAAGGUAAGCGCAAUAAUCAGGCAAUACUUCCAUGUGGCUGCAAAAUGUUUAUUUAUGUUUCAUAUGACAACCAACGACAAUGCUAUGGUGUUAAAAAAUUGUUUCUUGAACACAACCAUCCAUAUGGUAUAGAAGAAUUUUCUAUGUAUAGUUCACAGCGUCAACCAAAAGGAUUAUUAGAACAGCAGACAUUGAUGUUGAUUGAACAUCGGACAAAUACAGCACUUGUGACAGAUAGCCUUAAUAGAAGCGGUUUGAAAACUAAACCUAGAGAUAUUUACAACAUAAAACAAAAGCUUAAAUUCAAAGGUUCUGCACUUGAAGAAAUAAAGAGAGUACUUGAAUUUCCAGGGAGUCUUUAUCACAUUGAUGCUAGUUCAGAUGGACAAGUUGAAUGCAUAACUUGGACAACAACUGGAUGGCACUUAUAAGGUAAAUAAUCUCUCAAUGCUUCUAUACACACUUGCUGUAGUAGAUCAACACAGAAUGGGGCGACCUGUAGUACAGUCAAUAGUGUAUCGUGAAGAUCAAGCUCAUCUCAAAAUGUUUCUGAUACGAUCACAAGAAUGGGCUGGUUUUAAUACAUUUUUAACUUCCAUUUUUGUUAUUGAUAAGGCUCAAGCUGAAAUCUCAGUGUUGCAGGCUAUUUUCCCAGAUAACCGUAUUUUGCUUUGUCGAUUUCAUGUAUCCAAGGCAUUUGUACAUAAAAUAAAAAAAAGUAAUUAAAUAAGUAAUGACAAAGAAUCUUUAUAUAAGGUUAGUUCUAAAUAAUUCUAGCUAAUUGUAUUAAAAAAGUAGUCAUCAAAAAAUUAAUAAAAAUUAAAAUAAUGCUUUGAAAGUUGUCAACUUUUUUGACAAUAGAUGUUCCAUGACAAUAGUCGUGGAACAUCUAUGAUUAUUAUGUGCCUUCUAUUAAUACAAGUAAUGGUAUUUGUAAUAUCAUACAUUUUUUUAUUAUUAUUUACUUAUCUUAACUGUCAGGCUACAAGGUUAUUAUAUGCUAACCAGCAAACAUGUAAUGAAGCUUUGUUAAAUAUACAAGAGACCUUUCCAGAGUUUUAUACAUACUUAACAAAUAACUGGUUGAUGAUGGCUAACAUGUUCAUGGGCUACCGCAGAAAAGGUCUACUCCACAUUGAUAAUCACACCAAUAACAGAUUGAAACGGUUUGAUGAUUUGUUUUCUAUUUUGUUAUAAGAUUAAUUGUUAUUUAAUAAUACUUUAAUAAAUUUAUAGGUAUCACAGAACUUUAAAAGAUGUUGGUUUGACAUCGCGUAUGUCACCAGGUAAUCUUAUUAGCAAAAUAAUAAAGGUAAAUAGAGUUCAACUUGAAAAAUCAAAACAUGCUGAUUUUGAUCAACGUCUUAAAAUAAACACUAAACUUCCUGAAUGUUUAAAAUUUUAUGCUCAUACAAUCUCAUCAUUCAUUUUACAACAUAUGGUUGAACAGUAUAAUUUAAGUCAAAAGGAAGGAUAUAGUUUACAAGAGGAAAAUAAUUGCUUGCAAGUUAGAUACAAUGAUUGUUUGUUUCCCCUUCAUAACUGGACUUGCCAAUGUGAUAAUGCUACUGGUUAUGGAGUUCCAUGCUCUCAUGCUUUCUUUGCUAUUAGAAAAAAAAAAAAAGCUUAUUUGAUCUAGAUCUUAUUCAUAAAAGGUGGUUUGUUCCUACCCAUCAAAUGGUAAAUGUAAACCAAGGGGACAAUUUAUCUAAUUCAUGCAUGACAUUUUCAAUUCAACCAGUGGCAUUAUGCAAUUCCACUGUUAAGGAAAGAUAUAAUACAGCUUUGAGCCAUUUGCAGCCUUUGGCAUCUAUCUUGUCUGAAUUUACACCAAGUAAGUUUGAUUUAGCUAUUAAAUGGCUGGAAUCAGUUUGCCAACAAUGCAUAUCUGGAGAGUGGGAACUGCAGGUUCAACAGCACCAUUCUGAAGAUGAUGUCAUUUCAGAAAAUAAUUUUGAGAUUAAUGUUGAAAUAUUUCCUGAAUGUUCUUCUGCAACAUUAGAAUGUGUUUUGCCUGUAUCACCUCAAGUUUCUCUACAAACAAACUCUGUAGCUACAUCAAACAUUUCCCCAACAAUCACAUGUGAGACUCUUCAUGUUGAAAGAUUGCAGACAAAUGUUGAAAUAUUUCCUGAAAGUUCUUUAUCUGCAACAUUGGAAUGUGUUUUGCCUGUCUCACCUCAAAUUUCUAUACAAACAAACUUAGAAACUACAUCAAAAAAUUUUCCAACAAUCACUUGUGAGACUCUUCCUGUUGAAAAAAGGUGUACUACUCGAAUUUUAGAAGACAUUGACAUUAUAUUACGUAAGCCACAGCGCUUUCCCCCUGGUCGACCAGCUGUAAAAAAACAGAGACUUUUUUACAACGUUACAAAACCCCUUGAGAAACUUGGCGUUUAUGAAAAAGAUUUUAUUCGUUUAACUUGGUUCGUCAAAGAUUCCAUUGCACAGAAUUCAUUACAAAGUGGUAGUAAAAUCUCAAUUAAUGAUCUUUCUUCUACUGUACCUUAUAUCAUUAAUGAUAAAAGAGCUAACUUACAUGAACUUGAACAAUAUUUUGAUGAGUCUGCUUGGGCAGAGAUUGUAGUAAGAUGUAAGAGCACUUCAUCCGAUAGUUGGCCAUGUUAUCAUUGUCAACAAAUUCAAUCAGCCAGUAAACUUCAAAAGUGGAUUCAGUGCGAUCACUGUUUAUAUUGGUAUCAUUACUAUUGUGUUGGUAUUUCAAGAAAACCUAAAGGUCACUGAUUUUGUAUGGAUUGCAAAACCUAAUUGAAAAGAUUAUAAUACUAUAUAUUCAUAUAUGUAUAUAUAUACAUGUGUGUUUAUAUAUGUAACAAUAGUUUAACAUAAAAGCGUGUAUAUAACAUAACUCUAAGUAGAUACUAAUUACAA